AUGGGCAUUGGCAUGGGCAUUGGCAUGGGCAUUGGCAUGGGCAUUGGCAUGGGCAUUGGCAUGGGCAUUGGCAUGGGCAUUGGGAUGGGCAUUGGCAUGGGCAUUGGCAUGGGCAUUGGCAUGGGCAUUGGCAUGGGCAUUGGCAUGGGCAUU